AUGGGCGUCAUGAGCGUAACCUCCGAGACCAUCUUUAACUACCCACCUAAGAUCAUAUACGACUUCGUCUCCAACCCCUCAAACUGGGGUCGAACAUACGGCGGCAGCGCGGGCUUGCCCGAAGGGCAGAAGUUGACCCUCCCCCUCAAAGUCGGCGACGUCUGGACCGAAGAAGUCGCUUUGCCAAACAAUACCUACCACCCCAAAUGGACGUUGGAAAUCGCCGACCGCGGUCGCAAAUUCGCCUUCCGCCAGGUUAAUAACAUCGCAGCCGGAGUUGAUGGAAGUGGCGGUGUGAAGGGCUAUUGUUGGAUCACGUAUACGUUCACGGAAGCUGGGUGUGGGUUGACGUUGUUCACGCGUAAUUUGACGUGUGAGCUUGAGAAGGGGGUGGAUGUACCGGAGGACCUUUGGGUGGCGAUGAGUAGGCCGAGUGGGAUUGAUGGGUAUCAUGAUAAGAUUAAGGGGUUGCUUGAUGAGGAGAUGGGUGGACAUAAGAUUUUGUAG